CUCUUUUUUAUUGAUGCUGCUCUCACCCAUAAGGAGGAAGAAGCGGAGGAUGUUCAAGAAGCAGGAGCUCUGACCGGACCAGAGGCGCCAUCAUGAGAGGCCUUCUUCAGCUUUCAUUUCUGGUUGUUGGAUUCCCAUUUCUGGGGCUCUGUAACUGGGAUGUCAAGCUACCAAACGAUAUCCAUGUUUGGGAAGGCACCUGUGUUCAGAUCCCCUGCAGCUUCAAGAUCAACAAUGGCAUGCGAGUACUAGACAACUUUCUCUUGUACCACAAUCCGGUGUAUGACGAGCUCACCAAGAAAUUCAAAGGGACCAUUCUCUUCAACCUACACAAUCCUGCUGAGAACUUAAGGAUAGAGUUUCUGGGACACCAAAAGAAAGAGGACUGCAGUUUGCUCAUCCAUCGGGUGCAGAUGUCCGACAGCGGGAUCCUGGGGCUGAGGAUGAUAGCCCAGAGAAAUGAGAUGUGGAUGUCCUACAUGCCUCUCAACGUCACUGCAACUGUGCCUCAACCACACAUUCAGCUCCCCCAGCAGCUCCAAGAGUUGCAACAGGUCACUGUAACCUGCUUUCUGAACUAUUUCUGUCCUGAGUACCUUGUGAGCAUGCGCUGGUUCCUGGAUGGACAGGAGGUUCCACCGGACCAAGUUAAGCAGUCAGUCUCCAAGUCACCCCAGAGGAUCUCAACAGACAGCCAAUUCACAUUCGUUCCCGAUUGGACUCACCAUGGCAAGGAACUGUCUUGCCGCGUCUGGAACGCAAUAGACGAGCAACUCUCUGAGAAGAACGUGCAGCUGGAUGUGAAACAUACCCCAAAGGUAACCAUCGAGCCCAGUCCCCACCUAGAAGUGAAGGAGGGAGAAUCAGCGACUCUGAAGUGUUUGCUCCAAAGCAGCAACCCCAAGGCUCAAGGCAGAUUUCUCUGGUUCAAAGAUGAAAAGAUUCUGUCAAAGUCGGAUGAAAAUCUGACUCUGUCCAAAAUACAGUGGCAACAGACUGGGAAUUACCAAUGUGCAGCAGUGAAUGAAAUAGGCUGUGGGAAAUCAGAAGCAGUGCAUCUCCAAGUCCUAUAUUCCCCCAAGCUUUCCAAGAUUCAGGCUAAUAAAUUCACUGUGCUAGAGAACGACACUGUGGACCUGUAUUGUGCAACCGAAGCCUUCCCUCUUCCAACCAAUUAUACUUGGUAUCAAGAUGAGAAGCAGAUUCUGGGAGAGACAAACCAGAAUCUCAUGUUCCAAAGGGUCAACCGACAACAAACUGGCCAGUACACCUGCCUGGCUGAGAACAGUGAGGGCAGGGGUGAAAUCAGUGAGAAAGCCAGGCUGGAUGUGCAGUUUCCCCCCACUAGGGUGUUUGUGAUUAUUAUUAGUCAGACGCCAAUUCGAGAAGGUGACUUUGUGACCCUGGCCUGUUCCUACGAACAAAGUAACCCCCCUGUUAACAGUUAUUUAUGGAGGUCACCGCUCUCUAAAAAAGUCAGUUCCAACAUUUUCAACAUCUCCAAAGUCUCCUGGAAUGCUGAGCCAAUCACCUGCUGGGCCUGCAACAUUAAAUGUUCCGCAUCAACCCCUCUCAAUCUGGAUGUACAAUAUGCCCCAAGAGAUGUCAAAAUCAUUCUGGUAACUCCCAAAUCUGACAUACGAUCUGGAGACCGCGUCCAACUUCAAUGUGACUUUGGGUCUAGUCAUCCCCAAAAUGUUAAUUAUUCCUGGACUCUAAAUGGGAAGCACUUCCAUAAGGGGAAGUACCUGAAUUGGAGCUCCAUCUCCCCAGAAGACGCUGGACUGUACAUCUGUAUUGUCACCAACUCUAUUGGACAAGGCCAUUCUCGGGAAUGGGACCUGAAUAUCCUAUAUCCACCCAGACACUUUCAAGUGUCCAUUAACCCAAGUGACAUGGUGAUGGAGAAGACAAAUGUGGAACUCACCUGUGAAGCUGAUGCUAAUCCAGCCAUUCACCUCUAUACCUGGUUUGACUGGAGAGGGCGAAAGAUUAACUACUACGGUCAGAAGCUGACCUUGUGGCCUGUGAUGACCUACCAGUCUGGGGCCUACUGGUGCCAAGGGACCAACAAGCUGGGCACAGGACAGUCACUUCCUGUCUUGCUAACUGUCUAUUACAGCCCAGAGACCAUCGGCAAAAGAAUUGCAUUGGGAUUUGGGGUGUGCUUGGCUAUCUUCCUCCUGGCCCUGCUGGCUCUCCAAUAUGUCCGAUGCUGGAAGAAGAUCAGAGAACAGGAUUUCCGGGAGCAGCCCAACAGACAGGGCUCCUUCUUUAUCAGGAAUAAGAGGAUGAGGAAGCCACCCUCCACAGCAGCUCCCCAGUCCUUGGGCUACUACAAUCCUGCAGCGGAGGAGAGGGUCGAUUAUAGCACUUUGCAGUUUCCUUUGCCCAGUUCUCCGUAUCUGGAGACCGCACCAGUUAGUAUUCAACCUGAGGAUCAAAGUGUCACCUAUGCUGUGGUGAAGAAACCCGCUAAGAGUGAUUAUGAAAAUGUGACCCCACAGUCUUCUCCAGAAGAAGAAGGAUUGCAUUACUCUGAGCUGAUUCAGUUUGGGGAUGGUAGGAGACUCACCACGCAGGAAGAGGUGGAAUACGUGACUCUGAAACACUGAUGGGGGAGAUGCAGAAGCCCCACGUCUGGACAACCCUGCCCGGGGGCGGCCUGGAGGACUCAGUGCCCCUCUGACCAGCUCGGUGUCUGCCACCCCCUCCCCUGCCGACUGUAGGGGCCCCCAGUUAAUGCUGUGCAUUUUCUACCCAGGACUGAGGGGAAGGCCCCUGGCACUUCUCAGGGCUUUCCUUUCCUGCUCUGGCAGUGCUCCCCCACUUUCAAAAGCCCUUUCUACCACACGUGUGUGCGGGCACACGCAGCACAAGCUCCAUCCCUCCUUCCUCUCCAGUCACUUCCCCCACCCCAUUCUUAUCUAUCCUUUUCUCCUCUCCCUAGCUGAAUCCCCAACUCCAACCUGGCUUCCAUGGCGCAGGAAGGCCCUGCGCCAGGGGGAGGACCCAAGGUGUGCCCAGGGGAAGAUGGGCCGGGAGCCCGUCAGGGAGCCGGGGUCUCUCCGGCAGGCAGUCUCCCUUCCUGCUCAUGCCAGAGCUCGGGGGAACUUCUGAGGCAGACAGAGGGAAAUAAAAAUGCUGAA